UCUGACCUUAUCCCUCUUCCCAACUGCUGCCAAAUUGGCGAAUUUUCGAUUCUUGAUCUGAUCGAACAAACCCCUUUUCGAAAAAAUUGAAUCUUGAAUUGCCCCUUUAGUUGUGAUUCGAAGAAAAAACUGUUUGGGGGGCAAUUCAAUCUUGAAUUUAGGUUAUUGGGGUUGUUGAGUUUGCUUAUUUGGAGUUAUACCCACUGGCCAUGCGACUGUGGUUUUGUGCGAUCGCCCUCUCAAGAGAGGACCCUAAGAAACAAGGUCGAGUCUUUGAUAUCUCUGCAGCUGUUUUCUUUAGAUUUAGCAAUGGUUGCUGAUACUACUCAUGGACCUACUCCCAAAGGGGUACUUUGUAAUGCUGGUGCUGGUGCCGCUGCUGGAGUAAUUGCUGCUACAUUUGUGUGCCCUUUAGAUGUUAUUAAGACUAGGUUGCAGGUUCAUGGGCUGCCGAAGCUAGGAAAUGCUAACGUUAGAGGUAGUCUUAUUGUUGGGAAUUUGGAGCAUAUAUUUCAAAAAGAGGGGUUGCGUGGAAUGUACAGAGGGCUUUCCCCAACAGUGCUAGCAUUACUUCCAAACUGGGCGGUGUAUUUUACUAUAUAUGAUCAGCUGAAAAGAUUUCUUGGCUCUGAUGAUGGAAGUCAUCAACUCACCAUAGGUGCAAACAUGUUAGCUGCUUCUGGUGCCGGAGCUGCAACUACAAUUGCAACAAAUCCUCUCUGGGUUGUGAAGACACGUCUUCAGACGCAAGGAAUGAGAACAGGGUUUGAACCUUACAGGGGUACAUUAUCUGCUUUAAGGAGAAUAGCGUAUGAAGAGGGUAUUCGUGGGUUGUACAGCGGUCUGGUGCCUGCUUUGGCUGGUGUUAGUCAUGUAGCUAUCCAAUUUCCGACUUAUGAGAAAAUUAAGAUUUACUUGGCCAAGCGAGCUAACACUUCAACGGAUAAACUUGGGGCCCCUGAUGUUGCCGUUGCAUCAUCAGUCUCCAAAAUAUUUGCUUCUACAUUGACAUAUCCACAUGAGGUUGUACGUUCAAGGCUUCAAGAACAGGGGCGCCAUUCUGAAAAACGGUACUCUGGUGUAGUUGACUGCAUUAAGAAAGUCUUUCAUCAAGAAGGCAUGACAGGCUUUUACCGUGGUUGUGCAACCAACCUAAUCCGGACUACCCCUGCAGCUGUUAUCACAUUUACCAGUUUUGAGAUGAUUCACCGCUUCCUUGUAACCAUGUUCCCCCCUGAUCCUCAUCCUCACACAUUGUAGGAUGGCACAAUGACUUGGGGAUUGAUUCAUCAUAGUAGAGGCAGUUUAGUUCAUCAAGUCCUCGAGCAAGGCGACUGAUUCGUCUGCAUCAAUCUCCUCAUCGGUUGUGUAUCUUUUUUCUUAUUAGCUGUCAUAGCAACAUAGAAAAACCAUUUUGGCCAUUGUGAAACAGAUUUAGUAUACCAUUUAUAUACUGAAAUUGAUGAUGAUGAUAAAAGGAGCUGAAAUGUAGGAAGACUAGAAACUAUACUGAGGUUUGAGAAAUUGAAUAUUAGUCGAACUUUU